GAUGAAUGUUUGUCACAGGGCCUAGCCAGCUGCUCCACCCCAGACUUUCCCCCCAGCCCUGAGCCACUUCUCAGCCCAGAGAAAGAGGCUGGCAUCAGGGCUGCAGCCCCAGUGACCAAGAGAGGAGACAGCGGGGAGGUCUGGGUCGAGCUGCAGGAGGCUUUGUCCACCCUGGAAAGGUCGGUGAGCAGGGGGAGGUCCUUGGCAGCCAUUCCUCAGCCGCUUCAGGAUGAGGAGAGGCGGACGCAGCACCUCAGUGCAGCCCGGGAGAGCUGGGUCAAAGUCACCCAGCUGCUUGCUGCAGGUGCUGGAGGAGAUGGAGAGAGAGCUGGGCUUCUCCUACCGCUCCGCCCUGCCCCCCGAGGAGAUGCAGCGCUACCAGCAGGACGUCCUGGAGCUGCACCGGCACAACAGCAGCCUCCGCUCCGCCCUGAGGAGCAGGCAGCAGGAGGUGGGCCUGUCUGACACCACACUCCACGAUCUGGAGGACGACAAGAAAAAACUACAAGAGAAGCUGCUGGUUCUGAAGCGGAGAUGGAUGGUGGCAGGCAGCCUCUCCCCUCCCCGCAGCCCCUCCAGCUCAUCCAGCGGGGCGGUGAGUCCCUCCUGGGCCUCCCCUCCUUUCCCCGGCUCCCCCCUCCUCUUGCGCAGGCACGUGGCUGCCUUUCCGGCUACCUCCACAGGGGGCGACGUCUCUCCAUCCAGCUCCUGCCCGAGCCCGGCGCUGCCCGGUAGCCCCAGCCUGGAAUCUGAGACAGACCGCCUGCAGAGGUGUCUGGAGAGGCUGAAGGCCCGAAACGAGCGCCUCUCAGCUGCCCUGGAUAGGCGUAAAGGAGAGUCAGAGCAAAUCAGCAUGGCCCUCAGCCAGCACGAGGCCGACAGUACCGCCCUGCAGAUGGCCCUCCGAUACUGCGAGGAGUGUGAAGAGACCUACGUGGAGCUCAUGGGUCUGCACGAGCACUGGAGAAAGCAGAGAGCCGUGGAGGCGACAGACUGCAGAGACACACAGCAACCCAGUGCUCAGACUGAGGCUGACAAACUGCAGAAUGUGAAGUCAACACCAGAGGGCGCUACACAGGGAGGAAAACCCUCACACACCAGAUUGGCAGCUGAAGACUUUUCUCAGCAGGUGGGGGAUCUGAAGGAGAAGAUCAGCGAGCUGAGACGGGACAGGGCAGCUAUGCACAUCCCAGAGCGAGGGCCUGUGGGUGGGGGGAAGAUGAGCCCGGACACCGGCACCCUGGCACUGCCCAGGGGCCACAACACGACCAACAGCUCCAGAGGAGAGAAGGCGGCUCUGUUGUACGAGCUGGUCACUGUUAGGGAGGAAAUGUCAGAGCUGCGCGGGGCCAUCCGGCUGACGGAAAAGGAGAAGAGAUGUCUGGAGUGGACACUGAUGGCCCAGAGGGCUCAGGACGAGGCCGGGGCCCUGCUGCUGGACAACCUGAAGGAGGAGCUGGAGGAGAGGAGCAUGGAGCAGCAGAGGGCGUCCAACAACAGGGAGAGAUCUAAUAGUGGAGGGGAGAUCCCCGGCCCCAGGAACCGCACCAUUUUCCGUGAGCUGCAGGCUGUCUUACAAAGAGAGCAGCUCAUGAAGAGGAGGAUGACCGCCAUCCGUGACUCUCUGGACACCAAGCUCUCGGACAGCACAGCGCUGAGGCGCCACAGUGACGAGGAGGUGACCCGACUCACCCACGCAUACAGUAAAAUCUCGAACGUGUUCAGAAAUGCUCGGCGAAAGCACCAUGAGCAAAUCUGGAGGCUGGAGAAGCAAAUGGCCGCCCUGUCUGAACGUCACAUGACCCAGAUCACAGAGCUACAGGCCACCCUGGAGAGACUGGAGGACAGGAGAGAGGAGACUGUCCUGUGACAGAGUGAGAGAGAAGGAAAGAAAGAAAGUAAGAAAGAAAGAAAGAAAUGGCUCACCACUCAACAGAUGUUAGAUGGUAAAUGGGCUACAAAUAUCAGUGUAAAUAAAUACAGCUUUGGAUUAAGACUGCCCUCUGAUUGUUUGUAUGACUUAAAAAAAUUAAACAAAGGUUUAAUAGACAGGGUCGUGUCAAGGCAAGUUCUGUAAGUAAAUAAAUGCGGCGUGAACUUUCAAAGGAAGCCAAAUGAUAAGGCAUCUCUUGCGUGUGAAGAGACACUGAAAUGCUAAUAGUAUGUGCCAAAGGUCAUGUUUCGCUCUCUCUCUCUCCUUUCUAUCUCCCCCAGUGUGCACACUCACACACACACCCAUGCUAACGGUGAGGAGGACUUUGCAGUCCACUCCAGUCUGUCAAAACAAUUGAAAAACGGAGGGAAGGGGGAUGGGCAGAACAAAGGAAGAUGAGCUCAAAGAGAGCGUGGAAGAAGGAGGACGAUCUGGAGAGAAACAGUAAGGGAGAGAUACAAUAAUACAUACACAAACGGAAAAGGGAGAGAUAGAAUCAGACAGCGCUGCCUAAGAAAUAGCAACAAUGACACAGUGCUGUCGUCUUUUACCCUAUUUUCUGCCCGAUAUCCCCCUCUACCCCCCCCCCCCCCCCCUCUCUAUGGGAGUCACGCCUCAUUUGGGUGCCCCAGCCUCUGGCCCUACCUCUGCCUCUGUCAUGCCUGCCUGCUGCAGCUGGGAGUGUAGGUCAGGCAGGGGAGUCUAAAAGGUUGAGUGUCAGAGCCCCAGGGUCAGGAGGUCACCCGGCUGUUGUUCAGGAGUUUGAAAGCCGGGUUCAGAAAGGCCAUGCACCACCGCAAGGACCCGACGACCUGACCUCCAGUCCCAGCUCCCCCACCCCCACCCCCACCCGUCGGUUUGUUUGGCAGAGUGUAUUUGAUGGCCAUGUGUGUCACUGGAGUUUGAUGGGGGUUAUCAUUGCAGACCGGUUGUGUUUGGGAUACUGUUCCACACUCACUGGCUUGUCAUAACAAACCCUAACAAAGGGUGACCACACAUCACCCAGCUCUCUCAAACUCAGGCUGGGGAUGGUAAUAUGCAAGUCUUCCACAUGUGACAUAUUCCCUGUUUUGUGCUCAUGUUUCCUAUUUACACUUACAAAUGAAUGAAAUUGGCCGUGUAUUCAAAAUGCAGUAAUAUAUUUAAAUUUGGAAACCUUUCUAUUGCACGUUCUAUCACUAGUGCCUUUUGCCAAAAUACAUGAAUAUGUAGUCUUGUUUUUUUCAGUUUGUCCUGAAGUUUGUGCACCAAGAUGCCUUCACCACAAAACAGUUGCACAGAAACCGCAAGGUGGAGCUACAAAGAGCGAUGAGUCCUGCAAAAAUUGAAUAGCAGUACAUCUGCAUUUGCAUCGGUAUUGUUUCAGAUUAAUUAUUAAUGCCAGAUUAAAUCUUAA